AUGCUGGUCCACUCCUGCUCCCCCAGAGUCUUUCUGGUCCUGGUGGCACUUCUUUUGGCCGCCUCACUGUUGACUGCAUUUCGACGUCAAAGCGGCUUGGGAGCGGCCAGACCCCUCUAUCCAUACCUGGGGAGCGAACAGGGUAAGGCUCUAGGCCAUGGGCAGCAUAGUGACGACACCACGCGGAACACGCCUUUGCUAAACACAGUUGGAGAAGUUACAGAGAAGUGUAGCAACCCGGAGCUCGACCUGCUGCGCCGCCCCGACCUUGGUCUGACUGAGUCGAUCCUCUAUACACGCCGUUGCAUCAAGGCAAUCCCAGGCAAAAGCGAUCGCGAUGUGGUCUCCAACAUCACCGGUCCUCUCAUUACCGGCACAACGGCGUUUAACCUGACCGCCGACUGCUCAACCGUCAGGCUACCCCGUUGUGAGCAAUUAACACUGCACGUACCCCCGCCCUAUCCCCAAGCACAGUAUCGACACCUCCUUUUUGGCGUAGCCUCCAGCUAUGAGCGUAUCCGCAGCUCACUCCCGGUAUUUGCCCAUUGGAUCGCGGGAACGGGGGCGCGGCUGGUGCUUGUUGUCUCAGACGCCGAACUACCACAGACGGAGCCCCUCAACCUAUCUGCCCUCCAAGAGGAAUACCACAACGCGGGCAUACAGGCCAUCAUAAUCCCGCCCACGAUCAGGGAAGCGAUUCCGCACAAGGAUGCAGACCAUGCCCAAAGCGCCCACCACCCCGCCCCCGUUGAGCAACUGCAUUUCCUGCUCAUCCGGGAUAUGCUCGCCGUCGCGACGCAGGAGACGCAAUGGCUCGGUAUCCUGGACGACGACACCUUCUUCCCGGCGCUGUACCCUCUCGACCAGGAACUCAGACGCCACGACCACACACGCCCGACCUGGCUGGGCACGUUGGCCGACAGUUUCAGCAGCAUCCGCGUAUGGGGCUACAUGGCGUACGGCGGGGCGGGUAUUUUCCUGAGCGUUCCCCUUGCCCGCCAGCUCGAGCCCCAUCUAGAAGCGUGCAUCCGCGAGACAACGGGGGUGGUGGGCGGCGAUGGGAUGCUAAGGGACUGUAUCUAUGCCCACACCACGACCAAGCUGACCCUGAUCGAGGGGCUGUACCAGCAUGAUAUCAUGGGUGACCCGUCGGGAUUCUUCGAGAGUGGCCGACGGGCGCUGAGUUUGCACCAUUGGAAAUCAUGGUACCACGCGCCCGUCGCCGCCAUGGCCACCAUCACACGCCUCUGCGGGGCCUGUUUCCUGCAGCGCUUCCGCUUCACCGGCGAUGACACGCUGCUCGCCAACGGGUACAGCAUCACGCAGUACUCCCCGCCGGGGCUGCUCGACACCCUGGACCUGUCGCGUGUCGAGGGGACUUGGGAGCAUGCCUUUGAUGACGACGACCACGACAAGGACAAGGACAACGACAGCAACAGUAACAGCAGCGAUUUCGACUUUGUCUACGGCCCGUUGCGAAAGGCGCUCAGCGAGAGGGAGAAGAAAUCAUGGAGGCUGGUCACCGCUGCCCCUGUUGUUACCGCUGCUGCUGCUGGUGGUGGUGCUGAUAAUAGGGAUGGUCAUGAUCACGAUCAUGGUAAAGCGAGUAAUCCCAAAAAGCUUCGGCAACUGUAUGUGCAUCGUGCCCGGAGGGGCGGAGAAAGGGAGCCGGUUGAUGAAGUAAUUGAGCUGGUUUGGGAGGUAUGA